AUAUAUAUCUUCUCAUUUCCCUAUCUUAUAUUAUUUCUUACUCCAGUUAUAUAACGAAUAUGACAGCGUUUUAGCUCAGGUUUUGCUGCCAGUCGUUAUUUUGUCAAAGUAAAAUUCCUGUCAUCCAAGAGUCGACUCGUUAGCUGUCAGAAGCUAACCGAAUCAAUUGCACGCGCUACCAGGUGCACCUGGAUCACAUCACCCUCACUGCUUCAGCUAGCCAGCCACUCCACUCCCCCUUUACACACUGUUUGUUCUCCCUCCCCUCUUUGCCGGUGGACUCACCAUUUCCCGGAGUUGAAAUACUUUCAUCGUGCGAUUAAAUCAUGGAUAAGACGGAGCUCAUUCAGAAAGCCAAGCUGGCGGAGCAGGCCGAGCGCUACGAUGACAUGGCCGCAUGUAUGAAGCAGGUGACGGAGCAGGGCGCCGAGCUCACCAACGAGGAGAGAAACCUGCUCUCUGUCGCCUACAAGAACGUCGUUGGGGCUCGGAGGUCGGCCUGGAGGGUUAUCUCGAGUAUUGAACAGAAAACCGAGGGCAACGACAAGAAGCUUCAGAUGGUGAAGGAGUACAGAGAGAAGGUGGAGGCCGAAUUACGCGACAUUUGCAACGAGGUGCUGGGACUGCUGAGCAAAUAUUUGAUCGAGAACUCUACAAAUCCUGAGAGCAAAGUCUUCUAUUUAAAGAUGAAGGGUGACUACUUCAGAUAUCUUGCAGAGGUUGCCUCAGGAGAUGACAGGAAGGACACAAUAACCAACUCUCAGGAUGCCUACCAGGAUGCGUUUGACAUCAGUAAGCAGGAGAUGCAGCCCACACACCCCAUUCGUCUGGGACUGGCUCUCAACUUCUCCGUCUUCUACUAUGAGAUCCUUAACUCUCCGGAGCAGGCCUGCACUCUGGCCAAACAAGCCUUUGACGAAGCCAUUGCAGAACUGGAUACACUGAAUGAAGACUCGUACAAAGACAGCACACUUAUCAUGCAGCUGCUUAGAGACAACCUCACAUUAUGGACCUCUGACAAUGCUGCAGAUGAGGGUGAAGGUGGAGACGGAGGAGAGAACUAAGAGCAUGCAUAUUCUCUCCAUAGAUUUAAAAAAAUAAAUAAAUAAAUAAAAAAACAGGAAUCCUGGAAAAAGACAACUUUUUACACUUCUCCAUUCCUUAUUGUUCAUUUAUGAUUAUUCUAGCCAUGUAAACCCAUGAUCAUUAUCAAUGAGCUGUGAGUGUCGGAAUUCCAAUCAAUCUUUUUUUUUUUUUUUUUUUUUUUACCACCUGGAUUGUGGUUGUAAUUAAAUUAAAUAUUAAGUUAAAGUGACCUCUCCAUUCCUUGGUUUUGUGUUCUUGUCCUUUUAACCUUCUUUAAUGUGCAGUGUCUGCUGUAGAAAAGUAUUAGCCUCACAUAAAAUCAAAUGACUUUAAUCGUGACAAAAUGACUAGUGUGUGUAUAGUCUGGUAAACUGAAACUGGUGGAAAAUGUCAGUCACAAUGCAAAGCAUUUUGCCUCGAGCAUGGUUAGUUCUCAUCCUGCUAUAUCACCUACCAUUAUAUGUCUCUCUAAGGAGAUCAAAUACACUUGAAUGAGAUAUAUGUCUUGUUGACUGUCAUAGUGUUGGCUUAAAAUGGGCCUGUGCUUUACUAUUGAUAGCAGGAAGGCUACUGUAAGAUGUACCAAGUCAGCUAGCAUUGCUUGGCCAAGUAUGCACUUUUCAUAGACCAUUUGAAUCAUGUCUUCAUCUUGAAAGUCACACUCCUGCCUGGUUACGAUUUUCACUUUAACGUGAUAACUUGUGAUGGCUCUUAGUGGAUAAAAAGAAAAAAAGAAAAAUGCCAUGCAUGCCCAUUUUUUCAAUAUACACUGGAAUGGGAACCAAUAAUGCAUACAUGUUCCACAGUUUGGAUAAGUAAUUUUUAUUGCAGGUUUAUGCAUAUAUUGAGAGGAUGUUUGAUUUGUCAAGUGAUGUCAAUAGUUAUUUGGAUCACUGUUGUGUUUUUGCUAAUCAUGGAUUGUAGUUCUCUUCCCCCGCAAAGCCUUGUGACAGUGUAAAAGCCCUACAUAAGAGCUAUGUAACCUGAAUUAAAGUUACCAUUUUAUAAACCAUA